AUGAUGAUGAACAAGAGAAUCCGGCCACAACGUAGGCAUAGCUCGAGUGAUUCGCUGGAUAAUCCUAGUUCAUACGAUGAGGAUGAAAGAAAAAAAUCAUUUUCAAAUAGAAUGACAAAUCGUGAAGAUAAAUCAGAAAUAAAAACACCCACUCGUUCUGAUAGUCCAAAAGUUAUGAAUCAUAAUAAUAAAGAAGAUAAAAAAGAAGUUAUUCGAUCAAGAUCAAAAAAUAUUCAACAAAAUUCUGAAAUGCGAGUAACGAGAGAACAUAUCAGACAUGAAAAUGCAGAUCAUCCUAGUCAAAUUGAAAAGAGAGAAAGAUUUGAAAAUCAUAGAAGACCUAAUAGAGAAAAUAAAGAUUUGAGAGUUAAAAUUGAUAUUGGUGAUCGUAAAACUACCUCUCAUGAUCAUCAACGUGAAAAGAAAGAAAAAUCAUCAAAAAUUAUUCCCCAGAAUGAAAAACCUAAAGAACCAAAGAUCAAAUUCGAAAAGCCAAGCAUUCCUGUACCUCAAAUAACUAAAAAAGUUAAAAAAGAAACCGAUAAUAUUAAUUUACCUUUACCACCUCCACAAAUUCCGCCAGAAACCGAAGAUAUAAAGCCAGCAGUUAUAAGCAGACCAAAGGCACAACUUGUUACAGGAAAAAUCCCUAAGUGUUCAAGAAUUGUUCCGAUUAAGUGUUUAUCAUUCAAGAAACGAGACAAAUAUUACAGAGCAGCAAAUGCCAAUAGAAAACAAUUGGAUAUUAUCGAGGAAACUCUUAAAGAUGAAGAAAGACAAAAUCAAAAAUUUUAUCAACUUUUAUCGAGUUUCAAAGGCGCGAACUCUGAUCUUAUCUCAGUAGAACUCGAUACCAAAGACAUGAAACUAAAUUACAUCAGAUUUGAGAAAAGUAAAAUUGAAGGUUUUGGAGUGAAAACAACGAUACCAAUUCGGAAAGGCGAGAAAGUCAUAGAAUAUAUUGGUGAAGUUAUAAGACCAAUUAUAGCUGAUAAAAGACAAAUAAAUUAUGAAAAAAUGGGAAACCACGGAACUUAUGUUUUUAAGGCAGAUUCAGAUCAUUAUUUAGAUGCAACAUUUCGUGGAGGCAUUGCGAGAUGGAUUAAUCACAGUUGCGAUCCAAAUUGUGAAUCUCGAAUUAUUAAACUCAAUGGUCGUUUCGCUGUAGUGUUAGUUGCAAUCAAAGACAUUAAUCCGUGCGAAGAAUUGACUUAUGAUUAUAAAUUACCUUAUGAACCGGAAGAUAAGGCAAUCAAAUGUUUAUGCGGUUCUCCGAACUGUAGAGGAUGGCUGAACCGUGACAAAAACACGCUAGAUGACAAAACCUUUAGCGAGGUUAAGUUCAAAAAUAUUUCUGAAGAUGUUUUACUCAGACUAGUCGAAAAUAACAUUCUUCCAAUUGAUUUAUUCAAGGCUGAUGGUGAGUUUUAUGUUUCCCAUAUUGAUAAAGAUGGAAAUUAA